AUGAUGAUGAUGAGAACCGAUACAAUGAUGUCUCGUAAUGCAAUAAUCAAACAACAAUCGGUAAUUGAUCAAAGUAUUGACAAUAAAAACAAACGAUCCCAUCGUCAUCGGUUAAUUCGUGAAAUAAGUCUAUUGAAUGGUGAUUUUGAACAAAAAUUUAAUCCUUUCAAAUUGAUUGAUCCAUCAUAUGCUGUACGUAGUGUUGGCACACAAUUCUAUCGUUAUGGAAUACAUCUUUAUCGACCAGAUUGUUUGGAUCAAAAUUAUCGCCGUCAUUGGUUCUAUAAUCCGGCAUUCGUAUUGUCUAUUGGAUUUAUUUAUAUUCUACGUAGUAUUGUUGCAUUAUUUAUUUCAACAAAAUUGAAUGAAAAUCGUCGUUAUUUCAUAUAUCUUGGUGAUUGGCCAUGGUGUAUGGGAGCGAAAACACAUAUUAAUAUUGCAGCCAUUGUUUAUACGAUGAUGGGUAUAAGCGUUCAACUUAUGUGUGUUAUACAUUAUAUACGUGGAAUUCGGCCAACAUUUUUACAAUCAUUAGAUUUUCUUGGUGGCCGUUGUCCAUCAUCUGAUGCCCGAUUACAUGAUGCGAAGCUUGUAGCAAAAUUAUUGGCUAAAACACGUUUCGGUAUACAAUUCUGUCGAUUGAAUAUGAUUACCGUCGGUGUUGUAUCAUUUAUUUUAAGCGCCUGGCCAUUAUGGUUUAAAUGUUCAUUGAAUGAAUUCAUUAUUUUUGGACUACCAUGGUCAGUGUUUUUUGGUGUAUCAUCAUCAUUUACAUAUACUGCAUAUUCAUGGAAUCUUAUUUAUUUUUAUAUAAUUUGUUCAUAUCUUCGUUAUCGUAUACGUGAGAUUAAUGAAUUAGUAAUGAAGUGGACAACCAAUACGAGUCGAUCACAAUGUGGAACAAGAAAAAUAACAAUAAUUACAAUGUCUCAUAUCGAUUUGAUGCGAAGACAAUUUAAUCAAAUUGGCAAUGAUAUUCAACAAUUUAGUUCAGAAUAUUUUAGUAAAGUAUUAUUUUUUUUAAUAUUAUUUGUCGCUACAUUUAUAAAUGUAGUAUUAUAUACAUCCAUUUUUAUGCCAAUCGAUUUGACCGUACGAAUAUCAUUAUUAUAUUCAGUUGUAUUGGCUAUUAUUGUCAUAUUUUUUCUAUUGAAUACGGCUUCAUCUGUUUAUGAAGAAUCAUUGAAAUCAUUGAAAAUAUUGAAUAACUUUAAUAUUUCACAAAUGGGACGUUUGAAUACCUAUUGUGCAUAUGAUUUGAUGUUUGCCAUUGAAAAUCAAUCGAAAAAACGUAUGGGCUUCUAUUUCUUCAAUUUUUUUAUCAUAACAUAUUUUAAAUUUUUUAUUGUUGGUUUGAUUAUCGCUUAUUUCCUGAAGGUAACACAAAUGUCAUCACAGAAACGUUUGGCUUAA